AGAGGAGGAGGAUAGAUGUGUUAGAGUAAGCAGGAGAGAAAGAGAGAGGGAGGCGAGAGGUAUAGGAGCGGGUGGUUCACAUAUAAAGGUGUAGCCUAAUCUGCUGAGACAAUCAAAACGAGGGCUUUUAUUGCUCCAGAUGAUUUCCACGGGCUCUUGGUGUUUAUUCUAAGCAGGCGAGCAGGGAAUCAUUCACUGUUUGAGACGCGUAAGGCUGCCCCUGUACGCCUUUGGGCAUCACCGCCGAUAAAGGAUGAUAGGCUUGACUAUAUAGCCUCAAUUAAAAGCAAAGUAUCCCCCGCAAUCCACACUGAAGAAAGAGGAGGAUCCAAACUAUGAUCCGAGGAUGAUUUCUGCUAAGAAAACUCCGGAGAAGAGUCGUUAUCCUAUCCACUAUUUGGUGUGGCACAACAAACACCGACAGCUGGAGAAAGAGCUGGCAACGAACGAGCAGACUGAUUUAGAAUCUCUGGACCCUCGUGGUCGAACUCCUCUCCACCUGGCUGUCACGCUGGGCCACCUGGAUUGCGCCAGGGUCCUGCUGCAGCAAGGAGCUGACGUAAGCAAGGAGAACCGCAAUGGAUGGACCGUUCUUCAGGAGGCGGUGAGUACCAGAGAUCCGGAGUUGGUGCGUCUCGUGCUUCGUUACCGUGACUACCAGAGGACUGCCAAGAGACUGGCGGGCAUCCCCGUUCUGCUGGAGCGACUGCGCCAAGCCCAGGACUUCUAUGUGGAGAUGAAAUGGGAGUUUACCAGCUGGGUGCCCCUGGUGUCUCGUAUCUGCCCCAGUGACACCUACAGAGUGUGGAAGAGUGGCCAGUGUCUCCGCGUUGACACCACCCUGAUGGGCUUUGAACAGAUGACCUGGCAGAGAGGAAACCGGAGCUUCAUUUUCAAGGGACAAGACUCCAGCGCGGAGGUGAUGGAGGUUGACCACGACAGGCAGCUGGUGUUCCGCGAGACCAUGUGCGUCUCAUCCCUCACAGCACUCUCACCUGGCCGGGUGAAUGGUGGCGCCUGCAGCAGCACAGCUGCGGGUCUGGGCCUUCUGGGUGCGGUGCAGCCCAGCGACGAGCAGGUAGCGGCCAGGCUGUCGGCCGCUGUGGUGACCACUCAGCUGGACACCCGCAACAUCGCCUUCGAGAGGAAUAAGACGGGCAUACUGGGCUGGAGGAGCGAGAAGACUGAGACAGUGAAUGGAUAUGAAGCCAAGGUAUACGCAGCGUCCAAUGUGGAGCUGAUCACCAGGACCAGAACUGACCAUCUGUCAGACCAGAACAAGAACAAGACAAAAGGUGGGAAGACUCCACUGCAGAAUUUCCUUGGGAUUGCCGAGCAGCACAUGGGGCCUAACAACGGGGCCCUGGUGACCCAGAUGUCGUGUCCUGCGGUGACAAACCCCGCUGCGCUGACUGCCGAGGAAUACUUCAACCCCGGCUCGUCACCGACUCAGAGGGACAUCGGCCACCCAUGCCAGCUCACCACCAAGACCCAGAGGUUUAAAGCCAAGUUGUGGUUGUGUGAGUCCCAUCCCCUGUCCCUGGCGGAACAAGUUGUGCCUAUCAUCGAUCUCAUGGCGAUCUCGAAUGCCCUGUUCGCUAAGCUGCGUGACUUCAUCACUCUGCGCUUGCCGCCUGGCUUCCCUGUCAAGAUCGAGAUCCCUCUCUACCACAUCCUGAACGCCAGGAUCACCUUCAGCAACCUUAACGGCUGUGAGGAGGGGACGGGCGUCCGUGCCGACAACGAAGUCGGGGUGGAGGGGGACGGACAGAGGGACGCCCCGAGGACAGACACCCCAUCUCCGGGCAGUGACUCCUCCAGCGUCUCCAGCUCCAGCUCCACCAUGUCAUGUCGAGGCGGAGAGAUUCCCCCAUGCGUGUUUGAGGCCCCACCUGGAUACACCAUGCUAGGAGGCAAACAGAGAGACAGCAUGAGGGAGGAGGAGGAGGAUCUGCUGCAGUUCGCCAUACAGCAGAGUCUGCUGGAGGCCGGCUCUGAAUAUGAUCAGGUGACCAUCUGGGAGGCGCUGACCAAUAGCAAGCCAGGAACACACCCCCUGUCCUGUGACCCAAGUCGUCUGGAGAGGACCCAGCACAAGCCCGCCCCGCUUCUCCAGCCUCUGCUGCCACCCCCCUCAGAAGAAGCCCACCCCCACGUUGCAGCUAAAAGCGAGCAGCUGCGCAUCGCCAUGGAGAAUCUCUCAGCUCGGGAGCAGGAAGAGGCGGGAGCUUCGGGCGGCCGGCAAAGAGGAAGAGGAGCUACAGCGCAUUAUGCCAGCUGUCACCUCAUGGAGAAAUGA